CAUCCAGUCAGUGAGAGGACAAGAGGCAGUGGAACAGAACCAGGAUGACUUUCACGUUGUGGUUGUUACUGUGGUUCUGUGGUGUAACUUUGGCCCAGGAUGGUUUCCCUCAAACAGAAGUCGCCACUGAAACCGGGUCAUGCUUUCCCGACAUGUGUAAGUUCCUCAAAGAGUUUGGAGCCAUGAAGGAGAAACAAGAAGCCAUGGAAACGAGGCAGAAGGAGACUGAAAACCAGGUUCUAGAACUGAAGAAGAAAGAUGCAUCCAACAUAGCAUUUAGUGCUGCUACUGGUGGCUAUGGACACACUGAACCCUUCAGCACAGACACGACCUUAAUCUACAGAAGAGUAAUAGUCAAUGUGGGCAAUGCCUACAAUCAGCACACAGGUAUCUUCGCUGCACCAGUUCCAGGCAUAUACUACUUCACCUUCUUUUAUCAUGCCGGAGGAUCACAACUUGUCAAUCUAACCCUGAUGAAGAACAAUGAGAUAGUUGUGACAGUCUAUGACCACAAAUCAUCGCAUGAUGGGGCUGAUAAUGGAGGCAAUGCAGCUUUCCUGCAGCUGCAGCAAGGAGACCAGGUGUACGUGCGGAUGUCUGCGAACAGUCACGUCUGGCAGAAUGAUUACAUCACCACUUUCAGUGGCGCUCUUCUGCGUCCACAAGAUUUCACUUUUCUUCAGAGAUGUGGAGGAACAUUAUGUCCGACUCGCUUGUUCGACUAUAACAUUGCUCCCACAGGUGUGUUUGUUGCUCCUGUUCGAGGGAUAUACUACUUCUCCUUCUUCUAUCACGCCUCGGGAUUGCAUCCUUCGAACUUGCACCUGAUGAAGAACAGCGAGAUUGUGGUGUUGAGCUCUGACCAGCAGACAUCGAACGACGGGUCCGAUAACGGAGGCAAUGCGGCCGUUCUGGAGCUGCAGCAGGGAGACCAGGUCUACCUCCAGCUGGUUGCAAACAAUCACGUCUGGGGAAACAACUACCACACCACGUUCAGCGGCUUUCUGCUGCACCAAGUCUGAAAAAUGAUUGAAUACUGAUGGAAAUGACUUAAACUCAUUGAGCAAACAAAAACAAAAUGCCACAGUUAGUUGGUCUUGUUUUUGUUUUCAAAUUUGCUGAUAAUUUGAAAAUAUUUUUUUAAACUGAACUCUGUAACAAAACGUACUCCCACAUUCCAUGAACAGUGGUGAAGUCUUUACUUCUCGGGUCCAAAACUGGUAACUUUAGACUACUCAGGGGCCACAAAAUACAUUAAAAAUGCAAAAAAAAAAUUGUAAGACUGUGAGAUCUUGUCUUGUGAAAUUUGUAUAUCAUUAAAAUUCAAAAUAAAGGAUUGAGAACUGUUGCCUUAUUGAAAGAAA